AUGAAUAGGGUAAAAAGGGGUAAUGUAUAUGGAAGGGAAGAUGAUGUGAAGAACAGUCCAGCUGGGGUUGGGAGCGGUGGUUGUGCGCCAGAUGUUCAAACCUCAGCGAGAGUUUCUUUCGAAACGGAACUUCUGACUUUUAUAUGUCACCAACUUGGCAUUUAUCGCACCGCUACCAAAUGUAUUACCUCACGCACGUCACUAGUUUGUAACGUUGUUCCUAUAAAAAUUCCGGUGGUUCCCUUACAAAGAGCUGCAGAGAUGAACAUUGCUGGCCCUUCAUGGAUGAACACUACCUCAAUGUAUGAAGAUGAAAUACAUGACGAGCCUGGAAUUUCAACAAUUAUCACAUGGACUCAUGGUGGCAGGGAAGUUUAUGUAGUGGGAUCAUGGGAUGAUUGGAGAAAAAGGCAAGAGAAGCACAUGAGGAGAACAGGGAAUGAGUUCAUUGUUAUGAAAAAAAUUCCUGCAGGAGUUUAUCAAUACAGGUUCAUUGUUGAUAGACAGUGGAGGUAUGCCCCUGACAUCACGUGGGAGCUGGAUGGAUCAGGCAAUGUUUGCAACAUCUUAGAUGUGAAGGAUUGUGUCCCAGACGUCACCAAGAGCAUUGCCAGUUUUGAAUCGCCUGAAUCCCCAGAUUCCAGCUACAACAACUCAUACCUCGGCCCUGAGGACUGUGAGAAGGAUCCGCCAAUGGUUCCUCCACACCUGGAUUAUACUUUGCUCAACGCCCCAUCGCCUCACAUGGAGAUUCCACCUCCUCUUUCAAAACCUCAACCCGGGGUGCUGGACCAUCUAUACAUGCAGAAGAAUGCGAGCAUCCCGUCUGUGGUUGCACUCGGUUCAACUACUCGGUUCCGUUCCAAAUAUGUGACAGUUGUUCUUUACAAAUUCACACAGACACAUGGGUGA